CUUUUCCCGGAUAUCAUUGUUCCAAUGCAUCCUCUAAUACUUUAAUUAAAAAAGGCUUGACUUCUCUUACAAAUUUUCUCUCUAAUCAUGAUUAGAUCCCCAAAGUGAGAAAGUCUCCUCCUUUUACAUUUUACCUUCUUCAUUAACCUCUUAAUUAAUCUUCCCCUCCUCGCCCAACAAAUCUGCAGCCAAAUAGACCCCACCAAUUUUGUUUCUUUCUUUCUUUCUUUUAAUUUACUUUUUUAAUUUAAUUUCCUCUAAAUUUAUUCAUUCCCAACACACACACACACUCUCUCCUUCUCUCUCAUGCAGAUUUGUAACGAAAGCAGUGCAUGAGGGUUAGAUUGAUUCUUGAACAUUCUUGAACCAAAAACCCAAUUGAAGUUUCAUGUCAAAGUUUUCACCUUUGGCUUUGGGUUCAUCAAGAUCCCUUUUUUAUGCCUCAUAACCCACCAGCUCUAAGCCUCUAACUGCAUGAAUAGAGGUGAUAUGGACACAGCAUCUAUGAAAUGUCUGAUAAACAGUAUAUCUCGAUUCGUUCAUCUAGUUUCAAGCCAAACAUUGAAACAUAUUCCUAUUCAGAAGGAUUACAGAACCAUAGUUGAUGUACUGAAGCUUUUGAAGCCAUUGAUUGAUGAAGUAGUCGACUUUAAAGUACCGUCAGAUGACAUUCUAUAUAGAGAGUGUGAAGAAUUAGAUAUGGCUGUCAAUAGAGCUAGGGAAUUCAUCGAAAACUGGUCUCCAAUGUCGAGCAAAAUUUCAAGUGCUUGGCGGUGUGAGCCGCUGUUGAUAACCAUCCAAAACUCUUCACUCAAGAUUUGCAGCAUAUUACAUAGACUGUCACAGUCAUCUUCAUCGGGGUCAAGUUUAACGGGUCUUCAGCACUGUACACAGGAAAUUCAAUCUUUGAAACUGGAAAGAGUAACAGAAUACUUAGAAGAGGCUGUGAGAAGUCAAAGUAAAGAUGUCAUGCCUUCCACCAAACUUCUUACGAAAAUUAUCGAAUUGCUUAAUCUGACUUCAAACCAAGAACUGCUGAAAGAAAGCAUUGCUGUAGAAAAGGAAAGAAUGAAUGUCGAAGUCAGUGAUGUUAGAGGGAAAUUAGAUCAAAUUAACCAAAUUGUGGUUCUUGUCUCCCAUAUUCGUGAAUUCAUGGUCAAAAUUGAGGGCCUUGAAACCGUAUCUGGCGUCCCGAUCCCUUCAUACUUCCGCUGCGCUCUGUCUUCAGAACUCAUGCUGGACCCUGUGAUUGUAGCUUCAGGUCAAACCUAUGAGAGAUCUUCCAUCCAAAAAUGGAUUGAUCAUGGGCUAACUAUUUGCCCAAAAACCCGACAGAGGCUGUCCCAUACUAAUCUCAUUCCCAAUUAUACUGUCAAAGCUAUGAUAGAAAGCUGGUGUCAGGAAAAUGAUAUAAAACUUACGGCGAACUCUGACGGCUCUAAUGCUAUCUCGGUCCCUUCUCCAUCAUAUCAAGUAUCUCCUGCAGAUUCAACUCACACAGAUAGUUUGCAUUGCUCUACACACAGUAGCAAUUCGACAUCGAGGUCAUCUCUUGAAGUUGGAAACAUAUUUGAGAAGCAAAAGAAAGAUGUCUCUCCUAGAUUAGGUGGAGAAAAGUCCAAUGGAUGCGAUAGCAACGAGAAAGGCCACUCAUCACCAAAACAGUCAUAUAGUCAUAGCAGGGGUGAAUCAGCCACUAGUGCUGUUUCCAGUAUUGAUUAUGCACCUCCAGCAUCGAUUAAGGUGUCAGGGAUAUCUAAUAAGCAUGAAAAUGUUCGUAGGUUGUCUGGAGAAAUCACAUCGGAGCAUCCGGUUGCUUCUACUCCAAGGAAACAAUCAGCAAUUCCCCCUGGGUUAUCAGGAAAAUUAUGUCACAUUUCCAAGACAAAAGCAGAAGGGGCAUGGACUGAUAGCCCCAGUUAUCCUGAUAGGCAGCUGCUUCCAUUUUCUAGUUCAGGAUCCGAUGAGUUGACAACAGCAUCCCAUGUCAGGAAUUUAAUUGAAGACCUCAAGAGCCAGUCAAAUGAAGUGCAAACUAUGGCAGCAGAAGAGUUGCGGCUUCUUGGAAAGCACAAUAUGGAGAAUCGAACUAUUAUAGGCCAGUGUGGUGCUAUCACGCCAUUACUUUCACUUCUAUAUUCAGGACAGUUGACAACACAAGAGCACGCUGUGACAGCUCUUUUGAAUUUAUCAAUUAAUGAAGACAACAAAGCGAUGAUUGCAGAAGCAGGGGCAAUUGAUCCCCUAAUCCAUGUUCUAAAAACAGGAAGUGACGGAGCGAAAGAAAAUUCUGCUGCAACUUUGUUCAGCCUCUCUGUGUUGGACGAAUACAAGGCAAAAAUUGGUCGGUCUGGUGCAGUUAAGGCCUUGGUUGAUCUUCUAGCCUCAGGGACUCUUCGGGGGAAGAAAGAUGCUGGUACUGCAUUGUUUAAUCUGUCAAUUUUUCAUGAAAAUAAAGCUCGCCUAGUUCAAGCUGGGGCUGUGAAGCAUCUUAUUGAUUUGAUGGACCCUGAUUCUGGGAUGGUUGACAAGGCCGUUGCUCUCCUGGCAAAUUUGUCCACCAUUGCAGAGGGCCGCAUAGCAAUUACACGGGAAGGGGGCAUUCCGUUACUAGUUGAGAUUGUUGAAUCAGGUUCCCAUAGAGGAAAGGAGAAUGCUGCCUCCGUAUUGUUGCAGUUGUGCCUUCAUAGUCCAAAGUUUUGCACCCUCGUUCUUCAGGAAGGAGCUGUCCCUCCCCUGGUUGCCUUAUCUCAGUCUGGCACACCACGAGCAAAGGAAAAGGCACAGCAGCUUCUCAGUCACUUCAGGAGUCAGCGAGAAGGGGCUAUGGGAAAGGGAAAAUAAAGACAAUUUUGUUGACCUGUUGCUGAUUUUUUUCUUUAGAUUCGCCUCCAUAACAUUUUCUCGAUCGAGAUUUCUUUAGGGAUAUUUAUAUAUAUUUUUUCCUUAAUUUAUUUUAGCUCCAGAGAAGUCUGAGCAUUUUUCUUCCCAUUUUCUGAUUAGUGAUCAUGGAAAUUUUGCGAAGUACGCACAGGAACACAACAACAGCGUAGAAUGUCUAAAUUUUUCUUCUCCUUCCGGUAGAGCUAGGUAGGCUACUUUGCUCUUAGUUUUGCUGAGAACAUAGCUUUUGGUUUUGUGUUAGAAACAUGUAGUGACUCAAAAGUUUUUUGUGUUCUGAUUGAUUUGUUGUUCUGGAUCAAUGUUGUAUAUAUACUUGUACAUAAAUGCUAUACACUUCUGUAAUUUGCAAUGUUUGUUGGCAGAAAUUCGCAACUCCAUUUUGAGCUGUUUACAAUUUCGAAAAAGUUAUUGCGUGAUACUGGAGUACGGUCACGUGAUGACAUGCCAAGAUGGGCUAAUGGAUAAUGGGCUUUUCUCAAAACUAGCCCGUUUCCAGCCCAAUGGCUAAUGCGCGAGGACAUAGAUAGUUGUGUUCGAAAAUUGAGGAACACUGCAUGGGGGUUGGCUUCUCUCCCAUUGCGGAUGGAUUCGGGAUGGAACUUGAACUUCCUUCGUAGUAUCAAAGGUUGGUUUGUUGUUGCAUGAAUUGCAAUGGUUAAAUGUGUUUCACGUCACGUUGAUGUGUUGUUCAUGUGUUUGGUUUGAGUGCCAUUAUUGUUAAAAAGUAAGUUGCUUACUAAUUCUUGUUAGUAAAUGAUUGACUUAAUAGAUUUCUCUG